CCAACAACACUAAAAUGUCACAAAAUGUGUUAUUCCAAUCGAAAACAUCGAAUUUUGUUCAUUUUCUUCGGGAAAAAAUCAAGAAGAAAACAAAACGACUACAAUGCAAUAGAAGGUAACGCGGCGAAAAUCGCAUUUAACUUGUGACAUACGAAUUAUUGCACAAGUAGUCAAUUAUUCGCCGUCGGAUAUAGAUAUUGCUAAAGUUUGCUGUACAAGUAAAGUGCGCCGGGGUAAAUAAUUCAUCAAGAUUCAUAAUUUUCAGUAACGAGUACAGCACGUAGACAUAAAUUUUGAAUAAUUACGCGAGUGAAAUAAGUAAAAUUUUAUAAAUUUUGCGCGUCGCAAACGGUGUAAUAUAGAAGAAGUAAGGGCGAUUACCAGGCAGCCCCAUGUGAAAAAAGAGGAAUAUUCGCAGUGAAAAAAUGAGUUCUGUGAUUGUGGUCGACUCAUCCGACGAAGAAGAGGUGCCAGCAAAAAGAGCCUUCAUAGCUCCUUCAAUUCCAGCCACAAUAACUCCAAUAAAAGGAACAACAACACAAUGUCCCGCAAACGUGUCAACAAAUCAACUCAAGCACAAAAAAAUAAAAUCGCGUCCUAUACCAAGCGGCAUUACAAUCACACGCCGCAGUCCUAUAAAUGUGACCUCAUCGAGCUCAGCCAGCAACAACGCAAACCCGCCUGCUGCUGCAGGCUCAAAUGCCACGACUAACAUGAGUGAUUCGUUAUCAGCUAAAAUUUCAGCGGCAACAGCGGCUGCAACUAGCAAACUAAAUUCGAUGCUGUCCAAAACAACGAUGCCCAGUCUUCUAAAAUUGAAUGCAGCUUCUUCGAUAAGCAAUGUUAAAGAAAGACAAACGCCCACACCACCAAGGCAGAUGCCGCAGCAGCUAAACCAAAAACACCAGCAACAACAUCAACUGCAGACUACAGUGAAGCAAAACCAACAAAGGCCACCACAGCAAGGGUUACCGCUUUUAUCACAAUUGCCGCAGUUGCAACCAUCGCCCUCGGUGUUACGCAAACGUUUAUCGACAACAGCGGCGUUGCCUACGCAACAAUUGCAAGCACAGCAACAACAGCUGCCAAAGCUGCAGAAAUCGAAACAGCAGCAAAAUCCCCCUAAAUUGCAGCAACCACAGCAACUACAGCAAAGGCCGCAAUUGUUUCAACUCGAGCCACAUGCACGCAAGCUAAACACACCACCUGCCACUAUCACAGCUAUUGGAUCUGGCAGCGCUUCAACAGCUUCCACAUCCAAUGCGGCGCUACUCCCACUGAUCUCAACAGUACAAUCAAUGGCGGCAGGUGCGACACCACCGCUUCAACUGCUUGCUACACCACCACAUAGUGCGGCAACAACAUUUAGCGAUCAGCAACUAUUCAGCCCAAAACUAAUGCAUACUACAUGCAGUUUGCCGCCAUCGACAACGGUAACAGCCGCCCGACCCCAAGUGUCCAGCAGCACCAAUAUCAGCAAUAGCAAUAGUAACACUAGUGGUAUAAUCAAUAAUAACAACAAAAACAUUAAUAAUAAUUUUAAAAUUAUGUUACCACCAAAAAGUAGCAACAGCAGUGCGGUUGGUGUAAAUCUCACGACAUCGUCAAUGGCUUCAACACCGGCAACGACUUCAAUGGCCACACCAGUAGCACUACAGCAGUCUAAUUCCGGGCCGCGUAUAGCCUAUGUGAAUAGCCUGGCGACACAAAUCAGCCCAACGAUCAAUAAAACAAACAGCAACAGUGCGGGCAAUUACGCCAACAAACCCAGAGCUUCAACGGCAGCGGUAGUGCCGAUUGCAAUAACAGCGGCCCCACAACUGGCAUCAAUAGGGGUUCCUCCGACAUCAGGCACAAACGUAUCAACACCUUUAUCCACGAAUGCAUUAUCGAGUGUUCGACGCGUCAAACCGACGACGUUGCUACGUAAAAACGAUGAGGCAUGGUUGAAGCGCACCUGUGCCACAACAACUGCAAACAAGUUUAAUGAUGACGACUUAGUAUUAGAACUGUUGCCGCAUUCCGCCAAUUCUAAAGCGCAGCCUCAAACGACAGCACAGGUAGCAGCAGAUGCAGUUCAAAACUCAACAAAGCCACAAACACUACCAAUGCAAAAGACACCAGCAGCGUCAGUUUCUAUCCCUAACAAACCUACAUUUGUAAGCACACAAAAAACGGCACUAAAUAAAUCAGCCUUUCCACUGAAAAUAGAUCUAACAGAGUCACCUACUAAGCAUAGUGCGUCUAGAGUCACAGAAAUUAUUACAAUUUCGCCAACGACUUCGCCAUCAACAUCAGCCAAAAAUAAGCCUACCGAUCUAAUUGUAAAUGGAGAUGCCACUACGCAAUCAGUGAAAAGUAACUCUUCGAAUUCCAAUGAAAAAAUAAAGUCUUCUGAUGAGCGACCACCGCUUUCAAGUGAUUAUGAGGAGCUGUUGAAGGUUUGUCGAGAAGCGGACUCGUCGGCGGACAUGCAGAAGCUCGUGAAGACGAAACUAAUAAAAUACUAUUAUAAUGUGCAUCCCGAUUUCGUACGUUCCAAAGGCUUUAGCAAGAAUUUGCGCACAGUUAUUGCAAAUAUACAGAAGGAACCGGAUUUAGUAUACCUGCAUCUAAAGACAAUUGUUGACGAAUUGAAAGUGCGCAGCAAGAACAUAGAAGCGGUGUCUACUGUGGUGGUAACACAGGAUGAGAAAGGUGAUAGCGCUGGUGAUGGUGGUGGUAAUAGUGGGAACGCUGGAGAAAGAGUUAGAGACACCGGUGGAGGCGGAGAAGAAGGGGCAAGCGGUGGAGGGCCGGCCGAUGACAUAAGUAGUACUGGCAACAAACACACUGACGAACAGAUAAAAAAAUUGAAUAAAGCACUGUAUAUACUGACAAAGCGUAUAGAGGUGCUAGAGUCAGCCGAAGUCGAUUGGGAAGAUGAAGAUUCAAGCUAUCUACAAGUGGAGCGUUUCAAAAAACGUGCUUGUCAGAUUUAUGAAAAAAUUUGUGAUCUUACCGGGGAGAGCAAGAAUGCGCAUCGUUUGGUAAAAAAACCAAUACAUUUUAAUGGCACCACCUACACACAAUUCAAUAAGACACUGCAGGCGUACGUUAACCGUACAAAAGAGUUUCCCGACUACUUCGACGUGCUGCGUAUGCUUGAACACUGCAAUCGUCAGUAUGACUAUGCUUUGGCAAAUUUCGAAAUGAAGCGCAUCGCGCAUGACGCCUUCAUUAAGGUCGGGAAGUUGCUGCAGUCGCGCCGUAAGACUGAUCUUUACGAGACCGUUACACAUUUCACAGCCCACGAAAAAGAUCCAGCCACCAUAGAUCCCGCGCUACAAGCAAAGCUAAGCGAGAACCAAAAGAAACGAACACGUAUAAGUGAUGUGAUUGAGAAAUUUGCGCGCGAACAGGAUAUGAUCAAGGAAGAGUUGAAAGAAGCACGCCAGGCCAAAGUGGUGAAGCGCUUAAGGAGCGAGAGUGGCGAUGACGAUGAAGAUGAUGGGGUGCCCAGCACUAGUGCGAGCGCUGCAAAAGCUGCUGCAAUUAGAAAGAGAAAGCAUAAAAAGGAAAAUGGUGACAUUGUGAAUGCUAAUGAAAGCGGUGGUGACAAUGAUGAGGUGGAUGAUGAAGAGGAGGAGGAUGAUGAAGAUGACGAUGAAGAGGAUGAUGAAGAGCAAGUGAAUGGCAGUGAUUUAGAGGCUGAUGUUGAAAAAUUAGCCAACGGUGAUCUAUCUGAUGUUGAGUCGGAUGUGGAAAUUGUAAUUAAUAGCUCCACAGACGAAAUAAAUAAGGAUCCUAAACUAAUCAGUAAAGAUGCGGAACAACAACAAGCUGCAAAAGGCAAAAAUUCGACAGCUGUAACUGGAACUGAAACGACAACAACGUGCACGAUAACGAAAAAUAAAGUGAAAUUAGAUGUUGCUCAAAGGACACUAUGUGUGGCUACAGUCACAAAGCCAACAGUAACGUCUACUCAAUCGAAAAUGUCUGUAAAUACUAAUGUAACGAGACAAAAGACUGCAGAUCCAUUAGCCAGCUCUACACCAAAAUUAUACGCACAGUCCAAUAUACGGACGUCAUCCCCAAAAACGGAAGUUGACGGCAGUAAGCAAGCGGCGGCAGCCAUAGCGAAUGGGCGCAUGAAGAGUGUCACACAAAGCAACAGCAGCAGUGGCAGCAGCAGCAUUAAGUCAACAACACAUGCACCAACCAUCAAAAUUGUUUCCGUCUCAAGUUUAAAAAACAAAGUAGAUAUUGUGGCUAGUAACGAACCUGGUAUAGCAGCCAAACAGGUUAUUCGGCAUAACGCCACGUUGGUGGAAACACAACCGCAAUCGCAAUCGCAACCACAAAAGCAAACUGCAACAGCAAUCAAACGACAACGAACAGUUGCGGAAAUUGUCAUCUCCGAUGAGGAAUCGUAGUUGUGACUGCAAGCGUUGCAGCAAUUUACCUAAAUUGACUGCAAAAAAUUGUUUUUAUUUUUUGUGAACCUACAGUAUACAACUAAAUUAUUAUGCUAAUCUCCAAUAUGGAUUUCGUUCGCUUUUUUAUGGCUCAAAUAAUUUUCAUAUACAGGUCUAAGCUGGAUAUCUUAGAUUUCCAAGCAUAUCGUGGCGCAACUGUAGACAGUCAUGAAUUACUAUAGUUGGUUUUGCCUUUUUGCCAUCCUUAGGUAGUAUAAAUGACAACACAAACAAAACACGUUCUUACAGGUUUAUAAACUACGAUUGUUUGCAAUGGAUUUGCAUAUCUGCUCUCAGAAUUUAUGCCGUUUUGUUGUUUUUUUUUUGGUUUGUGUCGAAAGUGUUGGUUAAGACUGUUCCCCCGACGCUCGGUUCUACGUAACCGGAACUACCCGGAUUUACUAUAUAUCCAGUCAAGGACUGUCGCUCUAGCAGCACUCCCCGCACAUGUAUGGGGAAUGUUCUACUGUUUUGCAUAUAUUUCUCAUAUUUCUUGACUAACUCGACUGGGGCAAGCGUGAUAAAGACAAUCCUUAUGAAUAUCUGUGCACUUUUGACAAAACAACUUAAAUCGACUUGACACUCUGUACCAGAGAAUCACUAAAUUUCUUGAUUUUAAUGUAUUAAUUCCAUUAUAAUAAAAGUUUAAUGAAAAUAUUAAAGUUUUUUUUUUUAAUAACCCUGAUUUAUUGAAAAGCAGGCAAAAAUGUCUUAAGUCAAAUCAGUUUUUGUUCUCGUCAAUCAUUCACAAAUUCUUUAUAAUGCUCCAAUCGUACAACGUACGAUUCGCGAAAAAUUCCUGCGAAUUUAAAAUGUUUUUCGUAUAAAUAUGGAUUGUUAAGACUAUUUCAGCACAGGGUUGUAAUUGCAGAUUUGUAAUGCCACUGUGCGCGUACAGUUUUUGGCCGGUGCAAUGGUUCUGGAACUAAUACCCGUUAGGAACGAGUUACAGUUUGCAAUAUUUUCUUUAAUAUUGAACUUCUUAACUUUGUAUUUAUAACUUUUACAAAAGCCAUCUCUUAUCUAUGUGAAAACAACUCCGCCAAUUGAAGUUUAAGCUGACUUAGCUGGUAAACAUUUCACUGUAAAUAUACUUGAUAAGAAUUCAUAUACCAUACAAAUGUAUACUUUUGUUAAAAACAUUUUAUAAGAAGUGCUGGAAUAUUUUUUUACUCCCCUCACUCACAUUAAAUAUUUGCUAAUAGCAAAAUAUGAAUAAAUUCCUUGGGAACAAAAACAAAAAAAAAGGUUUACGAUUACAAAACUCAAGAGUAGGGAUGUUGCAAGCACUCGGUAUUUGAUUUAUUAUACAAAUAGCUUUAACUACUGCGUAUUUUCAUAAACUUACAAAAAACAUUUAAACUUAUUUACUGAUAUUUCAAACAUCCCUACGUACAUCGAGUGCAAGUAGCUUAAAAUUUUAACUACCGGUUAUGUGUGUACAUAAAUAUUUAUAGAUAAAACAUGCAGCAGCAAACAAAUGAAAUGGACUGCAUGCACAAAUAUAUAUGUAUGCAUGCCCAUGGGCAAUAAUGUAAAAACGAAACACCUUAAAUCAUAUACUAUGUGAGAAAAUUUUUCAUUUAACUGUAAAUUGGAAAUCUAAAUAUAGAAAUUUAAGAAAAUAAAUAAAUUAUAAACAUAUAGGAUAACAUGCAGUGAGAA